AUGGAAACCGAGGCCACCUCAUCGCGAGCCAUCGUUGAGAGAACAAUUCGAUCAGCGGUGAAAGCUGUAUGUCGCUACAGUUCACCGCAAAGAUCUCAUCAUCCACAGAAGUUUGCCCAAUUGUUGAAGCGAUGCUCGAAAGCUUCAAUCACCGAUCAUGUCUUCAUAUUGAGCAGUUUCUCUGGUCGAGCCCUUCUCGCAGACAAUGACGAGAUCGAUCGAAUCUGUGAGGAUUACUCGCGAAUCCCUGAUAAAUACGCUCUUUUCGAAAAGAUGUUUAUGCAAUUGUUCAUGGAUGAAGACUUCGAAUUCGCGGUUCACUUUAGUUUGGUUUCGCCCACUGAAGAGUCGCUGAGAAACGAGCAAAAAUUCCGGACUCACGUUGGCAAAUUUCAGAGAUUCAUGAACUAUCUAAUGGAUAUGCUUUCAAAGGGCGCUCAAAAUGGCGAGCAAAUUGUGCAUAUGUUGAGAAUAAUCGGACGUCAGCACACAAAUGUCCGAUCGAUGUCAUUCACCGCCGAGAAAUGGCUGAUCUUCAAGAAUGCGAUGCUCUCGUUGUUGUGUCCGGAAUGUGAUCUCACCUAUCCGACAUGGAGCAAAUUGAUUAGCUUUGUCAUCUACGAGAUCAAGGACAGCUAUUUGGAACAUUUUCGUCAACUCCGCUCUUCUUCGUGUCCACAGAUCGCUCAAUUGACGAUUAUCCGAAAAGAGCAAUGCGUUAUGCUGACAAAACCAAAAAAGUCGACUUCACGAAAGGAAUCGAUGGCCAAACAA